AGGCUUAUCGAAUAGAACCACUUUAUGAUGAUUAUUACAUUGAUCAACCAGCUGUACUUGUCGAACGAUCUGUUCCUUUUGGUCCAUCCUUCUCUUUUCCUUCCUUACCUUCUCUACCUGGUUUGAAUUUAUUCUCUUACUUUUCAUGGAAAAUGUCGUCAUCAUCGUCUAAUACCAACAACGAUAACAUGACCUCUGAAAUGUCAACAAUGGAGGCAACAUCUAUCGAAUGCAACAGCACAAACGCUCCGGAAAAUGACAAUCAUCUCUUCAAGAAUAAACAUUUAUCUGCACCAUGUUUACGAUCAUCCGAUUUUGUCUCAGAUACUAUUGAAGAUCUCCAGCAUCGCGAUUUAGGAGAUGAAUCAGGAAAAGGUAGCAUCAUGAACUCUCUUUUACAAUAUUUUGGAAAAGGACAACGCGGAAGCAAAGACAGCAUUUUGGAUAUGAUGGCAGGAUAUAAGACCAAUAGCACGACAUCACCAUCGAAUGCAGCAACUACAUGUGAUAUUGGUGAACAAGAUCGAACAUUGUUAGUAGAAGAAAAUGCACAAGGUAUUAUCACAUGGGAUCCACUUCAAGAACAACGACGAGCCGUGAUAUCAACCGAUAAAGGAGUACAGAAACCAGCACUUUGGGACUCAUUGAUAGCACAUACAAAUGAAAAUGGAAACAACAAGAGUGGCAACAAUGAUAACGAUCACAAGACUAAUGAUGAUGAUGAUGAUAGGAAUAAUCGUAUUAAUGACCAUUCUUUGAUGAGUGCAUCGUCUUCUUCUUCAACAAACUAUAGUGGUCGCCGACAACCAUUACAACGUGCUAAAACCUAUUGUGCUCAGGGGACUAUCAAUGACACCACUGAAUCCAUGCUUUUCUAUGAAUUUGGCAAAGGAAUGACAACAACUGGGCGAUAUAAACAAGAGAAUAACACCACAGAUUAUACCAAUGAAAUGAACAAUAGUGACAACAACACAACAACAGUAUCACCAAGCACAAAACUUCGUCACCUUGUGGAAGUUCUAGGGAUUGAUGGUGUACGUAUGGAGUCAUUCGAACGAGCCAAAACUAAUUUUCAACGUAAUUCGAACAAAUCAUCAGUACCACAGCAACCACAGGAUCAUCAGGAAUCAAAAAGGUCAACUAAUAACAACAGCAAUGAAAAUCGAGUGGACGGAUUUGAAGAUGUCUCAAGUGUUGCAGAACAAGUGAAAGACGGUGUACAUGAGGAUGUUACAACAUUUAAUACCAUUUCGGUUGAUACCACUAACGAUCGAUCAUCAACCAAUAUAGAAACGGACAAGGAUGUACAAGAACAAGAUGAAGAAAAGGAAGACCAAAGUAAAUCCGACAAAGGUUCUAAUGAACAACAACAACAACAAGAGGAAGCACGAGCACAAGAAGCACUUAAACAUUUACCUGGGAAUCGACGAAUGGAUUUUGCAUUACAACCUGAUGGAUUUAUGAGCAUGAUUGCGAACGAAUAUAUUGUUGGAUUACGAGCCCAUUUCUCUUAUUGGACAAGCAAGGAUUUGAUGGUAAAAAAAAAAAAAAUAAAAAAAAAAUAAAACAAAAAGGAUGUUCGGUAUAUCCUAUAUUUGUAUUAUACAAUGAAACUAAUCCUUUUUAUAUGCAUACAUCUCGUCUUUUCUUUAGUGGCACAU